UUUAAGCAGUUAUAUAAAAAGAAAGAUUUGUUUUCAGUAUUUGUAAGCGUAGGUGCGAUUAGUUUUCUGACGGCACCAUUCACCAUACGAAUAAUCGACAUCUUAUUGGCGUCGAACGUAACGAGACCGAAGCGAUUGCCGAGUGCGAGCGAAUAUUUCUUGGAUCUGGAAAAGUAUUAUUAUUUUCUUCUGGCAGUUACAUAUGUAGGAUAUAUUACAACCGUUGUGAUAAUAAUAACAGUCGAUACUAUUUACGUGGCAUUGCUGCAACAUGUCUGUGGUAUAUUAGCAUUAUUGAGGUAUCUUAAUGUUACUUCAAUUCAUUCUAAUAAGGGUAAGGUAAGUCAUCGUUUGAAAAGAUUGGCUACGUCUAAUCAAUCAGAUAAUGUUGAUCGUAAUCCUAAAUGGGACAAGAAUAUUGAGAACAUAAUACAAUGCGUACAAUUGCAAAUCAGAGUAGAAAGAUAUAAUGGAUUAUGGUAUCAAAUGUCUUUAGAAGCAAAAAAGAUGUUGUUAUUUUUAAUAAUGAAAUGUCAGAAACCUUAUCACAUAACUAUGGCUAAAUUAUACAUAAUUAGUCUAGAAGGUUACAGUAUGUACAAUAAAAAAAUAGAUUCUCUAAUAGUUUAUAAAUCCACCAUAAAAUUUAUUUCUUUUACAUUUUUUAUCUAA